AUGCUCAGACCGGACCAUUCACCGGUCAAGCCUCCCAAGUCCGCCAAGCCGGACAAGUCAGCAAAGCUGGCCAAGCCGGACAAGAGCGAGGAGGCGCGCCCGGAAGCUCCAAGCCCGCGCCAAACGGUGCUGCGAAGGGGCCUACAGGCGCAUACAGACUUCCUUUCCUUCGCCACCAGAAGGUUCGGGAACAUCGCGCGAUUGUGGUUCGUCAUGGAUCCUGAGGAAAACAUGAAGCUGGCCAACAAGCAGUUUGUUCGUGGCUGCGAGGAGAUCGGCUUUUCCGGCUGUUUGACGACCCUGUGGCGUCAGCUGGACCAUGAUGGCUCAGGCUACAUCGCAUUGGGCGACAUCGACCCGCAGGUUGCUUUGCAGUUGGCCGACCUCAAGGUGCUUCUCAGUCAGGAGUUCGAAGGCAGCGCUGACAAGUUCAUGAAGAGCGUGGACUUGAAAGGCAGCCAUCGAGUAAACAAAGACGAGUUUGUGCGAGCGAUGGAUACGUUGAAAUGCCCUGCGGGCUCAUCCAGGCGACUCUUCGAUCUGCUUUGCCGCUGCAACUGCACGACAAUUUCGGUCAAAGACCUAUUGUUUCUGCAGAGGUGGAGCCCGCCACCAUACUAUUUUGUUUGCGGCGACCUGCGCUUGCUAAGCAGCUUUCGCAGUGCCCUGGCCGAACUUCAUGGAAGCGCCCUGCGCGCCUGGUUCCGGCUGUGGGAUCCCGACAGGCUCUUUCGGGUUUCUUGGUUCCGCUUUCGGCUUGGUGUAGCGAAUAUCGCGCGCCGCCAUGGCGGCCUCCCCAACAUGGAGGAGGACACGGCCAAGGUCUGGAGGACAAUGGAUGAGGAGUGCUUUGGCUGGGCAACGCUCCGCACAUUCCACCCCGAGGCUUUCGAGGCUGCGGCCCGACUGAAGCGCUGGGCGACUGUGAGCCAUGGUAGCGUAGCCAAAUUCAUAGCGUCUGUGCUGAAAAAGUUGGAGUCCCAGGGCCUCAGACUUUCGAAGUCCGUGUUCCGCAAGGUGCUGAUGGACGAAGAGUUGCUGCCCAAGGAGGCGGCUGAUCUGCUAUUCGAGGGCCUUGACGUUGAUGAGCAUGGGGUGCUGGCGGAGCAGGACGUGCGGUGUCUUGACAAGUGGGACCUUGUCUUUGAGGAAGAAGCUCAAGCCCGACGGGUCCAUGUUGGUACCUCGAGCUCCCCGAAGCGGCAGGGCCUUUGA